UUCAAAUUUGACAAUUAUUUUUGAAUGAUUAUUUAUAAAAACUGUUUGAGAAUCACUGUAAUCUGUAAUAUAUUUAUAUAGGUUAGGUUUAAAAAAUCGUACCCAAAAUUUUAAGAUGAGUGAUUUGAAAGGAUUUUAUGUAUGGAAGUUGAAGUUUUCGGAUGAAACCGUUGCUCAUGACAUUUUUAUAAAAGAGCAUUCAGUUCGUGGAGAAUCACUAAGUAAACCUAAAGGUCGAACAUUAUUUGUAUUAAAUAUACCACCAUGGGCUACAAAAGAUAGUUUACAACGAGAGUUUAAUAAAAUUAAACCAGUCAAAAAUGUUAUUGUGCAAAAUAAACCAUCGAUACAAGAUGAAAUUGAAGAUAAUUUAACAGGAAGUAAAUAUUUUCCAAGACAUGAACCAGCAAAAGGAUUUCGAGUAGCUUAUGUAGUUUUUGAAAAAGCAAUACAUUUGGUGAAUGCAUUGAAUGAAGAAACUCGAACACUUGUUUUAUCGAAUGAAUCCACACCAAUUGUUACCGGAAUUAAAAAAUGGGCAGAAGAUUAUCAUGAAAGUAUACCAAACCGACGACAUUUAGAAAUUGAGAUUAAUACAUUUAUGAAUAAAUACGAUAAAGAAGAGAAAAGGGCAAGUAAAGAUCAGACGGAAGGAGAACCCGAUGAAGAUGGAUGGAUCACUGUGACCAAGAAAGGACGCAAUCCUGGUUUACCUCGUACAGAAAAAACAACACAUAAAAUUCGAAAACGCGAUCAAGCAUCGAAGAAGAAAAAGCAGUUAUUGAAUUUUUAUACGUUCCAAAUUCGUGAAUCAAAAAUGAAACAUCUAGCUAGUUUACGACAAAAAUUUGCUGAGGAUAAAGAAAGAAUUACAACUAUGAAGAAUACAAGAAAAUUUAAACCGUUUUGAUUAUGAAACAUUUUUAAGUAUUUGUAUGAUCUUUUGGGCAAUUAUUCAGGGCAAUUAAUAAUUUUACUUUAAAACUAAAUUAAAGAAAUUCA